AAGGGGAUUUUUUUUUUUGGUUCACUCUUUCGUUAUCCACUUGAUUGUUUGUUUCCUGUUUGCUUUUUGAUUGGAGAUCUAUUUUUGGGUUCAGAUUGUUAUCGACAGCUAGAUUCUUUUAUUGGAUCAAAGUAUCCGUUUUUAUUUGAUUUGUUCCGUCUUCUUCGUGAUCGUGUUUGUAUCUGUCUCUCUCCUAGAUUUGGGUUUUGGGGGUUUGGGUAUGUGUUGUUUGUGAUCACAAGGGACCUUUAUCGUUUAGUCAUCUCUUUGAUACAGAGACACACUAAAAUUGGAGAAAAUGAUAAAAAAAAAAAACUUUUUUAUUGGAGGAGGGAAGAAAUCUUCUUACGUGUUCCAUUUACUCUAUCAACUUCUUCUUAGACAUUUGUUUCUGGCUUUAAGAUCGACUGGUUUCUGAACAUUUCAUGCUUUAGGAAGUCUUUGUAGCUAUUGUGUAUUCGAAUCUGUACGCGGAAGGAAAGCCUAUAGAACAGUCAAAUAUAACAAAAUAUGGCUGCGGAGCUUGUAAGUUCUGCAACAAGUGAGAAGCUUGCAGAUGUGGACUGGGCCAAGAACAUUGAGAUCUGUGAAUUAGCUGCUCGAGAUGAAAGGCAAGCAAAAGAUGUUAUCAAGGCUAUCAAAAAACGCUUGGGAAGCAAGAACGCAAAUACUCAAUUAUAUGCUGUCCAGUUGCUGGAGAUGUUGAUGAAUAAUAUUGGAGAGAAUAUUCAUAAGCAGGUUAUAGAUACAGGUGUACUCCCUACACUUGUGAAGAUAGUAAAGAAAAAAUCGGAUUUGCCUGUAAGAGAGAGGAUUUUUCUUCUUCUUGAUGCAACUCAAACCUCCCUUGGUGGCGCUUCAGGGAAAUUCCCUCAGUAUUAUACAGCAUACUAUGAUUUAGUGCACGCAGGAGUUAAAUUUACCCAGAGACCUAAUGCUACACCAGUUGUGGUCACUGCUGAAGCUGUUCCGAGAAAUACGCUCAAUGAACAACUUGCAUCUGCUAGAAGUGAAGGGCCUGCUACUACUCAGCUGCGAGAAUCUCAAACUGUCUCUCCUUCGAGCAUUUUACAAAAGGCUAGUACCGCAUUAGAAGUUUUAAAGGAAGUGCUUGACGCAGUCGAUUCUCAAAAUCCUGAGGGGGCAAAAGAUGAGUUUACUCUUGAUCUUGUCGAGCAAUGUUCGUUUCAGAAAGAGCGCGUAAUGCACCUCGUCAUGACAUCGAGGGAUGAAAAAGCAGUUUCUAAAGCAAUUGAAUUGAAUGAGCAACUUCAGAGAAUUCUCAAUAGACAUGAAGAUUUGCUGUCUGGCAGAAUCACAGUUCCUAGCAGGUCUACUACAUCCAAUGGAUAUCAUUCCAAUCUCGAACCUAUCCGUCCUAUCUCAAACGGUCACAAUAAACCCGAGCUAAAGGCUUCUAAUGCAAAUACCGAAUCAAGCAGCUCCAUUUCUAACCGAGCCCAUCUUAAGCUUGAGGAAGAAGAUGAGGAAGAGGAGCCUGAGCAGUUAUUCAGAAGAUUGCGAAAAGGGAAAGCUAGAGCAAGGCCUGAGGAUGAAGAAGAGCCAUCACCUCCACAAGGCUUACCUGGAUCAGCAAUCCAUAACGAAAGACUUAACCGUCCACUUAUUCGUCCUUUACCAUCAGAGGAGGCAUCACGCGGUGGUGAUAGCCAUUCGCAAUCCCCACCUGUUGUGAUUCCACCACCACCUGCAAAACACGUUGAGAGGGAAAAAUUCUUCAAGGAGAAGAAAGUUGACGGUGCCUCAGGUUUACCAGGUCAUAUGAGAGGCCUUUCUUUGCAUAGCCGUGAUGGCAGCAGCUCACGCAGUGGAAGCGUAGACUUCAGUGACUGAAACAAACCAAAGCUCUCAUCAUCAUAUAUAUGUAUUCUUUCACGCUCGUUUCUUUAGGUUUUGGUAAUUUACAGAUGGAAAAAGUUUGUGUUGUGUGUGCGGCUCUAUCGCUCUCUCCCUCUCUCCCUCUCUCUCUCUCUCUAGUGUUGUGAAUUUAGAAUAUAGCACCAUGAGAUCUGGUAAUGUAUACGAGUAAAGGUACUUCCUUUCACUAUGUUCAAACCUGAGCUAUGUUGUUACUGUUACUGUUUAUGGAUUGAA